AUGGUCGGUUCUGCUACUUCUUUUGUUUUCGAUGAUCUUAGAAAGGGUUUUAAUAAGAAUGAAGUUCUUGCUAGAGUGGUUCACUUUUGGGAAGCACGUAACGUCAACAAGGGUGGUUUGCUUCUGGGCUUCGAGUUAUUUCUUAUUGAUCAAAAGCAUACAGUUCUUGCACCCACAGAUUAUGCUGGCCAUGAUAUUGAGAGGCAAAACUUUAGGAUUCGUUCUUAUGCUGAGUUCAAUGAAGCGGUCAACAAGAACAAGAACGAAGAUCUAUAUGAUGCCCUUGGAAAGCUGGUUCUCAUCAACAACGAGAACUUCAACAAUGGUGUGACUAAUAAGAGAAUAGACAUUCACUUGCAAUUAAAAGAUGGGCCUAUUGUUCGUGUAACACUUUGGGGUAACGGUGCUGCCAAUUUUCAAAAGAAACUGAUGGAAAGUGUUGACAAACCUAUGGUGCUUCUCGCUACAACAAUGAACCCAAGAACAUUUAGAGGUUUGUAA